AAAAGGUCGCCCCACCGGCGGUCUUCCUCCGAGAAGGAAGCGGAAGUGACGUCCGGUACUCAGUAGUUAGUGGGAGAGCCGGAAAGAGAGAGGGGGAAGGGCCGGGCCCGGGAGCCGGAGGGAGCCGCGGAGCAGCCGCCACCGUCGCCGCCGCUGCUACCGGGUCCCCAGGGGGCAAGAUGGCUGAAAUCAGCGAUCUUGACCGUCAGAUUGAACAAUUGCGGCGCUGUGAGCUCAUCAAAGAGAGCGAGGUCAAAGCCCUCUGUGCCAAGGCCAGAGAGAUCUUGGUGGAAGAAAGCAAUGUCCAGAGAGUAGAUUCUCCAGUAACAGUUUGUGGGGAUAUCCAUGGCCAGUUCUAUGACCUUAAAGAGCUCUUCAGGGUGGGAGGUGAUGUGCCUGAGACCAACUAUCUUUUCAUGGGAGAUUUUGUCGACCGUGGCUUCUAUAGUGUCGAAACAUUCUUGCUGCUGCUGGCACUCAAGGUCCGCUACCCUGAUCGGAUCACCUUGAUCCGUGGCAACCAUGAGAGCAGACAAAUCACCCAGGUAUAUGGGUUCUACGAUGAGUGCCUGAGGAAAUACGGCUCUGUCACCGUGUGGCGCUACUGCACUGAGAUCUUCGACUACCUCAGCCUCUCUGCCAUCAUUGAUGGCAAGAUUUUUUGUGUCCAUGGUGGUUUAUCCCCAUCCAUCCAGACGCUGGACCAGAUCCGAACGAUAGAUCGCAAACAGGAGGUUCCCCAUGAUGGUCCCAUGUGCGAUCUUCUUUGGUCUGACCCUGAAGACACUACAGGCUGGGGUGUGAGCCCCCGAGGUGCUGGCUACUUGUUCGGCAGUGACGUGGUGGCGCAAUUCAACGCAGCAAAUGACAUUGACAUGAUUUGUCGGGCGCACCAGCUGGUCAUGGAAGGGUACAAGUGGCAUUUCAAUGAGACAGUGCUUACAGUGUGGUCGGCUCCCAACUACUGCUACCGCUGUGGAAAUGUGGCAGCCAUUUUGGAACUGGACGAACACCUUCAGAAGGAAUUUAUCAUCUUUGAAGCAGCCCCUCAAGAAACUCGGGGCAUCCCAUCUAAGAAGCCUGUUGCGGACUACUUCCUGUGAAUGCCUCUCCCAUCUCCCCCAUAUGUGCCGCUUCUGUUUUCUAUCCUGGCUGGGGUGGGCAGCCUUUUUUCAAGUUUUGGCAGGGUUCAGGUCUCUUCUCCCCCCCUUUCCCCCUCCUCUUUCCCAAUAAAUUCUCAAUUCUGGACCCCUUAGACUGAAUUAGCCAUCUUUUUCCACACUACUGAAUCCUAGCCAAUCCCCUUAUGAUAACUUCAGGGCUGCCCUAACUUGUAUCCUCCACCUAAAAUGUUUCUUGGGACUUUUGGUCGGAUCACCCCAUGCAGAAACUGAGAGAAGCUGUAGGGUUCUCUGAUUUCAGAGAGGAGUGACUGACAGCUUCCUUGCCCAGCUCUCUGACUCAUCUCCAGUGCUUCUCUACACUCUAGAAGAACUGGAAAUUAUUAGUAGAGAAUGUAUCUGACAGAGAAUUGGACUUGGAAAUAAAGAGAAAUCAGUGGCCAAGAAAUAUCUGAAGCUGGUAGGACUAAAUCUCUUUACUAGUUUCCUGCUCUUAUGCCACUUAGUUACUUCCUGGUUUAUCUCUUUUCUGGGUCAGCUGAUCUUGGAACUCUUACUCUUUUCGUGCCAUUCCAUAACAUUUAGGCAGAGAAACAGGAAGUGCUUUAAACCUUGCUGUGCCUGGUUGCUGGAAGACCUGGAACACUGAUUUCUUGGCACUUCAGUGUUUUGUCUGCUUAAACUACAUGGAAUACAUUGAUCUAGAUUCGGAAUUGGUUCCUCUGUCUGCUGCCACCUCUUGUUCCCAGUUUUUGGCCAGUGGAAGAUUAGACCCAGUUUUUGGCCAGUGGAAGAUUAGACUCACCCAAGUUAUUGUACCAGAAACUCCUGACCUUUCAAAAAGUAGUAGUCCUUUGGGUCACUGGAGGAUCCACCUGCUAUAUGGAAUCCAUUUAACUCUGGGGAUGGAUUUAUUGAAUCUUUUAUUGGCAGAUUUUUAUCCUGGUACUUCUCCUUCCUGCCCCUCUUCUCCCUGCGUGGGGAGACUGGGACCACAUCACGUUAACUAAUUUGACCAAUGGGGCAUGUCCUCUGUCUCCCUCCCUCUGGUAUCCUGCCCACUGUGGGGUGGUGUAUCCAAAUCCCAUCCACUCCCAGGGUCAAAAUUCCCCAUCCCUUUUCCUUUAUUCUUGUGAAGGAAUACUUGGUCCAGAUACCUAUUUAGAGUUAGGGGAGGGAGGAACUUCCUGUCACUUUUCUUACGUUUAGGAGGGACUUUCCCCUCCAUCUCCCAUGAUGUGUCUCUUGCUCUAAUUUUAUUUUGUUUUCAUUUUUUUUCCUAUUUACAACUUUUAGAUAAAAAAUUCUAAUAAAACUAAGAAAAAAUUGA